CAACUUUCUAGGCGUCUCCUGUGCCAGAUAACCGCCAAAUCUAAAAACGGACCACCGCACGUAACAGAUCUCGCCCAAGUGAGAUCUCUUGUCUGGGAACACCACUGGCACUUCAACACAUUCGAGCUCAGUCAACGCCCCACUUCUUACUUGGACGCUCCACACACGACUCCAAUCUCUCGACAUCGAACAUGACCCACAGGUAAACAUCAAAAUGGCCCGCAAAGGCGGGGGCUCGACCCAACGUAGGGCACCACCUCCGGCUCCAACAAAUGUUUCGUUAAAUGUCAAUACAAACGGGGUUCCUCCACCUUCAACGAUUGCCGCUCAAAUCGUGCACAAUGCAGCCAACCCCAACUCAAGACAAGACGCCGCCGCAAAGGUCACAUUCGGCGAGCUUCUUAAAGAGUUUCUCCAGCACCCAAGUACAGAUGAGCCGGAUGUUCAGCUCGUUGCUUUCAUCUGCGUUGUCGCAGAGGCUGGCCUAGACGGCUUGUUCAAGGAAGACCCUUUUGCCCAGGAUGAGCAAAGAGAACAAGGUAUUCGCAGCAUUACAGCAAUUCUAUACUUGCUUAACCAGAAACCACAUCUUCUUUUUAGCGCAAAAGAUGGUGAGGACGACGGAACCCCCCGACCGCCGGUUGUCUUGUGGCUGUUUCCAAAGCUUAUUGGCUUACUGACACGCGCGACUCUACAUUGGAUCCACUCGCAUGUUCAGGAGAUGCUCGAUUUCAGUCUUACUGUUCUCACUAAAUCAACGACCUACUCUCGCCAGGUUGCUACUUUGAUGCAGCUGUAUAAAUCCAGCGUCGCUUGCAUCCGAGAUGAGUUGAAAGCAACAAACGAACCUGUAACAGCGCAAGCUGCGUCUUUCCGCGUCGCGGUUCCCUCCAUGAGCAGCCUCAACGACUUCUGGCCAGAAAGCGAGCAGCUGAUUGCUGUUCCUCACAACCUCCAAAGAACGAUAUCUUCACCUAUCGCAGCUAUUUAUGUUGGUCUUAACAUCCUUGUGACGCUUUGCAAUUCAGUACGGCGGGGGCAUUGCAAUCUAUUCGAGCAACAGUACUCAUGGAUCUUGGAUACUUGUGACGAGCUAUGGCACUACUUUCGACGUUGGACUAUUGAGUUGACAAUGCGACCAUUACACGAUGAGACAGUCGCUCUAUAUGUGGAGCUUCUUGGGUCUUUUGUUGUCCCUGACCUUGAGCACAAAGGUUACCCUUUGAGUCUGAGAAAGACUGCAUUGACCACGAUCAGCAGUAUCGCUUCUUUAGUCGAAACUCUCAACACUUUGCCAAUGUCAGACAAGAACCAGAUACAGCUUGCGCUGGUGGUGACACGGCUGUGGCAUUUUACACAGGUCAAGGCGCCUAAGAGAAGUGUGCUCGAUCGGCAGCGUCAGCCUUCGAGAGUGUUUGAUACAGACAUAAUGAAGCAGAGUGUAAGGAAGACCUGUGGGAACACACAAGUACUGUCCGGGUUACAAAAGGACUUACAGCUCUCGUUAUGUCUUUGGACUAUAGAGGAAACGUGGCCUGAGAAUACCAGAAGCUUACACGAAGAGCUUUGCUCAAAUGGAGCAGCGAGUUUUGCAUCCGCCCAAAUCGCGGAAGAUGCGACAAAGUGUGUUCAGGUUUUUCGAAACUUGAACCUGGACGAGGACAGGCCAGCAAAGCGACGAAAGAUAUUGCACGAAUCAUCAGAAAGCGCCAAUACUUCGACUUAUCGCAAUCUCACAAUGUUUCUCAACGGCAGCUCGCAAGAUGCCCCAAUAUUCAGCCUCUCGAAACUCCACACCAUCGUACAAGCGACAUACUCCUCAUUACCAGAUAAUCCCAAGCAGAACGAGAUCGCACAGCAGCAAGUCCUGCUUGCCCUGGGCAAGAUCGCUUGUGCAGGCUCGCAGUGUCUGCAAACGAGCAGGAACGGCUCACAGCAUUGGGAAGAGCUUAACUGCAAGCUCUGCGACGAACCAACCCCGAACGGUAGGAGUCAAGGAGUUUACUGGAACAGGGGCGACGAAGGUGAGGAUUGGAAAGAAGUCGUGGCCGCUCUCCUCACAAUCACAAAAGAGACCAAGUUCCAGACUUCGACACGACCUCGAGUACUCAUGGCAGUUACUAUAGGUCGGGUCUUCAACCAUAUUUCAGACGCCGACUAUCUCAAUCUAGAAACUUGCGAGCUCGGUCAGUGGUUGAUUACGUGCAUAAGUAGGUCCUUAAGGGAGCUGAAAAUUGCGGCCACACAUGCACUCAUGGUGUUCCUGCGAAGCGACAUCGCGAGUCGCGUCCGUCAAAAGAACCGGACUUCAGUUGUUGAGUUCUUCGAUGCACUUGUGCAACGUGGACUGCUUGCCGACCAAGAAACUCUGAUUCUAGCAUAUGGCCAGAUAGCUCGUGUGUGUGGUGAACUCGAACUCCCGAUCAUUUUACAUCGGUUAGUCGAGUAUCUUGGGCAUUCAAAUGCUCUCAUAUGCGGCAUGGCGUACAGGGAGCUUGACGCUCUUGCUGAACCUCACGAGCCUGUGGCCUUAUUCAAGCCCUACUGGAGGAUACUCGCAUUUUCUGUUAUUAAAGACAUUGUCAGCAAACCUCAGAAGGCACAACAGCUCGCUGAUCUCACAGAGCAAUCUGUGCGCCAGCUGCUUGUACUGACCCAAUCAUACACUCUACCACACUUGGUAUUAACGAAGAGGAGGGAUGUCAUUGAGAAAAUUGCUCAGGCUCGCAAAGUCUCUGUAGCGGAAGUUUUGACUCAACCAAGAACUAACCUCGCAAAGAUCCUUGCUUUGUUACUUUCGCAGUCAGUGCCAGACACAGAGUCGUUCGCUAUGGAGACAUUGGCCGAAGUCGAGCCAGCCAUGCGAGAGGGUAGCAACGACAAACUCGAGACCCUGGUCGCGUUAGAUAUAACAGGCGUAGCCAUCGAGAUUCUUCUGUUAUCUGCGGAACGGGACGAGCCAAAGAAAGCACCGUAUCAUCGUGCAUUCAGUACACUCGCUCGCCUUGCAGAUAGCAAACAUGGGCAACGAAGAUCCUCAUCUAAGACUAAGAGCUUAGAUGAGUUUUGCGAGACCCAUAUUCUCGGCAUCAUCGCAUACUUUUCAGACAUCGUCGAGAGCCCACUGACUCAAGGCAAGACCGCGCCACAUCCGCUGCCAGAACGCAAAAGAUGUAUAGCAGCCAUCGGAGAUUUCAUAGCUCUCGCUCGUUACAGUGUCAACGGUGCAUUGCCACAGAUUCGCGCAUGUCUACAAUCUGCAAUGGCAGACCCGGACCUCUGCAAUGAUGCAUUUUCAGUCUGGGUAGCCUUUCUUGGCGCUCUUGACAUGGACGACACGAUGCUUGUAGUCGAUCAGACAUUCGCACUGGUUGUGGAACAUUGGAACAUUUUUUCAGAAGAGACGCAGCUUCUGGCAAGCAAAACUAUCGUAGCUCUGACGCAAGAGUAUGACGAAGACCUUCGGGCGCGAAUCGAGUAUCUUCCAUCGCUGGGAACGAUCCCAAUGUUAUCGAAGACCGAAGGCGAAUUGGCUCGCUUCAAAUCACACGUGGAAACCGUCAAGAUCUUUCAAGCGUUCAGCGUCAGGUGCAAAGAUCAAAAUGCGGUGGUCGUACGUCAGGCUCUUCGAGAGCUUGGGCCGUAUCUUGAUAUCAACCAGCAGCAUUUGCAUCAGGCAAUUGUGGGCCAGAAGCCACUGCCUGUAUUGGCAGGGCUUACUCGAUCACUCCUGGAUGCCAGCAUACGAUUCUCAGAUAAUCACCCAGACAUUGCCACAUUGUGCGCACAAUGUUUAGGUACCAUUGGCGGUCUCGACCCGUACCGAGUCGAAACAGUACGUGAAAAGAGGCGCGUCCUCAUGUUAUCGAAUUUCUCACGACGGGACGAGGACAUCGACUUUGUAGCUCUUCUACUGGAACAAGUGCUUGUCAAGGUUUUUCUUUCAACUACGAACGCCACUUCACAAGGAUGGAUAGCAUAUGUGAUGCAGGAGAUGCUCAAGCAUUGUGGCUUCAGCGCCCUAGCGGUCGCAAAGCCUCGUUCUUCACAGAUCAGUACGGAAGUCCAGAGAUGGAACACUAUCCCUGAGUCUACGAGGAAUGUCUUGACUCCUUUCCUCAGCUCGAGAUACUCUGUCAACCGUAACCCCGCCUUGAACUACAAAUCUCCUGCAUAUCCGAUCUUCGAUGGCAACACUAGUCAUGGCACCUGGCUUCAAACUUUUGUGUACGACCUGUUGCAGAAGGGGCAGGGCGUCAACGUGGAAAUGGUGUUCCCAGUACUGGCCAGGGUUAUUAGAGGCUUCGAUCUUUCGAUCGCUACAUUCAUACUACCUUUUGCUGCUUUGAAUGUCAUCGUGUCGGACGACGAGCAAAACAUGACACACGUAGGGACAGAGCUGAUGGCGGUAUUGCGUUACGAUAUCCAACCUACCGUUCAAAACGAUGCUGUGCUAGUCAAGCAAUGCAGCGAGAAUGUUUUCCAAGUUCUGGACUAUCUCUCGCUGUGGCUACAAGAGAAGAAGAAAUCUGUCGCCGAUGCCAGGAUUAUGGCGGGCAAGACUGGCAGAGGUGUCUCAGAAGAGGAAGAAAUGAACGCAAUCAAACAAAUCAGUCGCGUAGAGGGCAUCCUUCAGCAAAUUCCAGCCGAAGUGAUUUCUCGCCGUGCAGUUGAGUGUGGUUCAUACGCCCGAGCUCUAUUUCACUGGGAACAAUAUUAUCGUCAACAGCAGCAGCUCAAGACCGACACAAGUCAGGUCUUUGAGAAAGACGACCUUUUGGAACACCUACAAUCCAUCUACGCACAGAUUGAUGAACCUGACAGUAUAGAAGGUAUCACAGCUCACCUGAAAGUUCUCAACCCCGAGCAACAGAUUAUGGAGGACCGCAAGGCUGGUCGAUGGACCGCAGCUCAGAGCUGGUACGAGAUAUCGUUGGCUGAGAAGCCGGACGACGUGGACACCCGAAUUAAUCUUCUGACAUGCCUGAAAGAGUCGGGCCAGUAUGACGCCAUUCUGAACUAUGUCGAUGGGUUUCACGCAUCCGAUUCGACAGUCUCAGCGAGCACACUUCCUUUUGCCGCUGAAGCUGCUUGGUCGGUUGGCAAAUGGACUCAGCUAGAGCGCAUUCUUGGUGCCUCAUCUGACAAAGUCGUUGGUGUAACCAUGAAUUUCAAUGUAGGCGUUGGAAAAGCUUUGCUUGCACUGUACCAGACAGAUGAAGCACAGUUCAGAACCAUCAUCGCUGGUCUUCGCGGGACUUUGUCGCAAAGCCUAUCUCCGUCAAACACGAACUCUCUACAAGCAUGUCACGAUACACUGGUGAAAUUGCACGCUCUGUACGAGAUAGAAUCUAUCAGUGGCGUCAUGACCUCUACCACACCAGAACGCGAGGCCAUUCUCGAAAACUUGGAUCGUCGACUAGAUGUUGUCGGCGCCUACACUUCUGACAAGCAGUACCUUCUAGGUAUCCGUCGUGCAACCAUGCUGGUUUCUAAGAUCGAUUUCAGCGACCUAGACAUUGCUUCCGCCUGGCUGACUACAGGGCGACUUGCUCGCAAGGGUGGCUUCAUGACGACCGCAUUCAAUUCUGUCAUCCAUGCCGAACAGCUGGGAGAUAGUGCAUCGAAGAUCGAGUAUUCGAAACUCUUGUGGAAAGAAGGCCACCAUCGAAAGGCAAUUGCAAACCUGAGGGGCGCUAUCAAUAGUAACGUCUUUGGUAAAAGCGACAAUUUGCCGGUGACCAUAUCUAUAACCGGAGAUUGGCGUGGAUCGGAGAACGUAAGUAAGGUCAAAAGUCAUGCUCAACUCCUCUUAGCCAAGUGGCUCGACCGCGCUGGGCAAACAAAGUCUACGUCCUUGAAGGACGCGUACGCAACGGGCGUCAUGUCAUAUCCAAAGUGGGACAAAGGCCACUAUUACCUGGGACGAUACUACCUGAAGUUAUUGGAAUCCGAGAAGAAACUGCCAGUCACGAAGCAAAGUCAGGAAUACCUUGCUGGAAGCCUUAUCAAGCUUGUCAUUGAGAACUUCACGCGCUCUACUGUAUACGGCACAAAAUACUACUACCAGACCCUGCCGAAGAUCCUCACCCUCUGGCUAGACUUGGGAACAGAGGUCAUGAACGUGGUGCCACGUUCGGCACGGGAUAAGGAGUUCCAUGACCACAAAGUCACCUAUCUGGACCACAUCAAUAAAUACCUCAAACGAUAUGCCAGCGAGCGUAUGCCUGCUUACACAUGGUAUACUGCCUUCCCGCAAAUCAUUACACGUAUCAGUCAUCCAAACAAAAAUGUUUGGGAAUCGUUACAGUCUAUCAUCAUCCGCGUCGCAGCAGCGUAUCCACAACAGACGCUAUGGAGCUUACUGGCAGUGCUUCAUUCGACGCAAGACGAUCGUCGAGCGCGAGGUACUGCUGUACUGCAGAAGUUACGCGACACAUCGAAGCGCAAGAACGGAUCGUUGGACCUAAAGAAUGUGAUCGUGCAAGGACAACGCUUGACGGAUGCGCUGUUGAUUGCAUGUGACGCCCCGGUCGAGCAACGAGUCUCCCACGUCAGUCUUUCGAAGGAUCUGGGUUUCAGUCACAAGCUUGCACCCAGCCAAUUGGUCGUGCCGAUUGAAGCAAACAUGUUGCCGAAUCUCCCAGCAGGAAACGACAGCAAGACGAUACGUCUUCACAACCCAUUCCCACAGGAUGCUGUAACCAUCAAUGCGUUUAUGGACGAUGUCCUGGUGCUCUCCUCGCUGCAACGUCCACGGAAAAUCAAUGUGCGAGGCUCAGAUGGUCGAUCCUACGGUCUCCUGUGCAAACCCAAAGAUGAUCUGCGCAAAGACCAGCGUUUGAUGGAAUUCAAUGCUAUGAUCAACCGUGCGUUACAGAAGGACAUCGAGUCUAGCAAGCGUCGCCUGUACAUCAAGACGUAUGCGGUGACACCCUUAAAUGAAGAGUGUGGAGCCAUCGAGUGGGUCGAAGGCCUCAAACCUAUGCGCGAUAUCAUCAUCCGAUCAUAUCGCCAGCACAAUGUAACAAUCGACUAUUCAGAGAUCCGUGUACUGCUCAACGAAGCCUCAUCUUCACCGUCAAAGGUGCCGAUCUUCACAAAGAAGAUACUAGGCAAAUUCCAGCCUGUGCUUCACGAAUGGUUCGUCGAGACUUUCCCAGAGCCAGAAGCUUGGUUAACGGCGCGACUGCGUUACACACGCUCUUGCGCAGUCAUGAGUAUCGUUGGCCAUGUACUGGGGCUGGGCGAUCGACACGGCGAGAAUGUGUUAUUGGAGCAAGGCGACGGUGGCACCUUCCACGUAGACUUCAACUGCCUGUUCGACAAAGGUCUGACGUUCGAGAAGCCUGAGCUCGUACCUUUUCGUCUCACGCACAACAUGGUGGAUGCGAUGGGUCCGCAAGGGGUCGAAGGUCCUUUCCGCAAGGCGGCCGAGCUGGUGUACAGCCUCCUACGGCAGCACGAAGACAGCCUGAUCACGAUUCUUGAGACAUUUGUGCACGACCCAACGGCCGACUUCUUGGGUACAAAGAGGAGGAAGAAGAUUGCAGGAGUUCCAGAUACACCGCAGGAGGUGCUGGACAGCGUACGAACAAAGGUGAACGGGUAUCUGAAGGGGGAGUCGGUGCCAUUGAGCGUGGAAGGAUACGUGGAUGCUUUGAUUGCAAUGGCAAGAGACCCGGUCAAUCAGGCGGCGAUGUAUAUUGGAUGGUGUGCUUUCUUCUAGCCUGCAUGGUCAGCAAGGUUGGGUGUGGGGUUGCAUAAUACACGUUCGACGUUGUUUUCGCUAUGUCGAAUCGAAAUGAGCGGAAUGAAUUUCAAUGACAGGUCUCCGAAACUCUAACAGAGUCGCUCUGCGUACA